GUUAUCAGUACUUUUGAUUUUUCAACGAGUGAAGACUAAUAGAUAAUUUGACAUGUCAAAAUAGUCAAAUAUUAUGGACCAAAGACUUAUUAGUUUUUAGUUUUUUACUGCUGUAACUUGUAACGAUUWACUAAUGUACCUAGUUAUAAUUUUUCCAUUUGCUGAAGUUGAAUAAAAAAGUAACAUUUGUUUUGGAUUCUGCAGCUCAUCUGUGAUUAAUAUUCAAUAUCCAAUAAUUUAGUAUAAUUACUACCUCAUUCAAAUACAAAUUUAUAGAAAACAUUAGAAUUUAAUAGAAUUUAAAUUUACACUUAAAAGUAUACUAAUUUUUUAAAUUGUUUUCUUCUUUAUAAGAAUGUUGUGUUGACGACAGUUUUUAUCUUUGCAUAUUACAAGAUGUCUUUAAAAAGUGUUUUAAAAAAGAAGUUUAAGAUAAAAAAUCCAAUUGUUACGAUUAAGAAAAAAAAAAAUAAAUCCAAGCAUGUUCUUUAUACGCCGUCCACAGAUACUUACAUUAAAACUGAUGCAGAUGAUAUUAACAGAGAAUAUUCCGUAACAGACAAAGAACAAAACCAAGACUUACCUACUAAAAAUCUAUUUAAUGGCAAAAACGGUGAUGAAAAAAAUAUGAAUAAUGAUGGAUCGAUAGAAUCAACAACUGAGACAAAACGUAAUAAGAAAAAACGCAAAUCUACAGAUACUGAUAAAAGUCUUGAACAUGAGGUACCUAUAAAAAAGAAAGUAACAUUUGCAGCUGAUGUAAAAAGCGAAAAAGAAGAUCAGAAAAGUAGUGCAGGCAAUUUAAAACUAAUUAGCUUAAAUAAACGGAAAAAAUUAAAUUAUUUAAAGAAGUUGAAGGCGAAAAAAAAUAAACAAAAAAAUGCAAAAAAAUGUGAAGAAAAUGCAACUGCCAUUAGUACACCCAGACAAGAACGAGCUGUAGAGUAUUUGAUGCAAUGGAAAAACGACCGCRCAAAUUGGAAGUUCAAAAAAAUUUAUCAACUUUGGUUGAUUAAAAACACUUAUGACACUCUGAAGAUAUCUAAAGAAAAUUUUGACACUUUGGUAGAAUACCUUCAAACUAUUGAAGGUAAAAGUCGCAGUAUAAUUCUUCAAAGCGCUAAUUCAGUUGUCUCAGAAUUUUCAUMUUCUAACGAAAGACAACUAGAAUUAAAUUCAUCGCAAGAAGUUAAAUAUCAACGAGCAAGGACUAUUAUACAAAUGUUUGACUAAUACAUUUAAUUAAAUAUAUUUUUGUAUAAAUUACAUUAAAACCAUAAAUAUAACUGAUUCCGAUUAUCUACAUA